GAUUCGCUUCCGAUAACUUUGUGCAAAGUCUUAAGGUUUCCAUUAAAACCAAUUCAAGUAUUAUAGCAUAAUAUAUAUUAAUAGAUAUAUAUAUAGUAACAAAGUUUUUCAACGCUAAAAAUGAAUGCUUUAAUUGUUUUAAUUGUCUUAAGUGUCUCUUAUGAAUGUUUUGGUUAUGUGUUGCGGACGGGCGAUGACAGGGAGAACCGUAUCAUCAAUUUGAAAGAUAUUAACACAAAACUACACGAAACGCAAGUGAUGUUAAUGAUGAAGAAGUUGAGGCCAAAGAGGGACGCAAUGGAUAAUCUAAUCUACGAAGUGGUGGCCGACGCUGAGAAGGAUGAGCUGGAGUCGGAUUACGACAAAUCCAACUUCAAAGCCGAGUCCAUAAGGCAUAGGCUUAAUGAGCGCAUAGAACACAUCGAUUUGGUUCUGACACAUCUGAAGGACAUUAAGAAACACUUCGAUAGUGUCCACAAAAUGGCCAAAACUUUGGUCGAAUCGGACGCCACCGCAGACUUUGUCAAGAAGUUCGCGAUCGACCAGUUGAACGAUUCCGUACAGAAUGUCGAGAAAUGCGAUCAGUGCUGGAGUUAGACAUACCAUCCCAUCACUAGACCAGACCAUCACUAGACAGACCAUCACUAGACCAGACCAUCACUUGUCAUAGCCAUCGGAUUCCUUGUUAUUAUUGUAAAUACUCAUCGUUUUUGAUGAAUUCAUAAUUUAUUUAUAAAAAGUUCAAAUUUUUUGUACAUUUCUUUUUUGCUAUUAUUUUCUUGUUUUAAUCGCUUCUAUCAUUCAAUUCCUCGACAU